AUGUCGCGUUAUUUUCUACCUUUUUACAAUAUUACUAGAGGCAGCUUCAAAAAAACACCUAAUAGUCUGUUAUCACGUAAUAUUAUGAAAAGUUUAGCGACAGAAGUGCAGACAAAAUCAAACUUGUCGCGCGAUUUUAAUAGAGUGAAAGAUAGUACCAUCAAUUCUAAUUUUAUAUCAAAAUAUUAUAUUCCUAAACAAGGAGAGGUGUUGGAAUUUCUUCAUAGAUAUCUUCAAUUUCCUAAAUCUACUAGUGACAAUGAAUUGAGACGAAUCAAAUGCCCUAAUUGUCGUCAAACAAAAAAUAAAUUUUAUACGGCCAUUAUUGAUUUAAAAAGUGGUAUUUAUAAUUGUAAAGUUUGCAUGAAAAAGGGUUGUUGGGGUGAAUAUAUGCAAUUAAUAUCAAAAUCCGAAUCAUACAAUAUCAUCAAUACAACAAGUUUGAAUAUGGGUGGUCGUUCUACUUUUUCAAGGUCUCAGCAUGAAAUUGAAGGAUUUCAAAAUGAAUUACUAAAUGAUUCUGAUUUGAUUGAUAAAUGUACAAAAAAAUAUGGUAUAUCUUUAGAAACACUUGAAGCAUUCAAAGUGGGAAUUGCAAGAUAUCAUAAUAAUAAUCCAUCCUCAAAUGUUUCUUAUAAGACUGAUGAAAUGUGCUUUACGUUUCCAAGAACAGCGCCAUCUUUUGAUGAGUUGAAAAGAAAUGACUUUUUAAAUACAAAGAUUACUCGAAUUAAAGCUUGUUCAAUAGAAAAUAAUGAAUUGGUCGCGUUUGAUCCACCAUCAUUUGUAACGGGUCUUUUUGGAUAUCAUUUAGCAUCAUUAGAUAGUGAAGACAUUAUUUUGACGGGAAACGAAUUUGAUGCAAUGGCCGCUUAUCAAGAAACCAAAAUACCAGCAACAUGUCUUCCUUCCAAUAUAUAUCAACUACCUUUAGAAAUUCUUCCUUUACUUGAACGAUUUUCUAAAAUUUAUCUUUGGCUUGAUGAUGAUGUAGAAGGUCAAGUUGCGGCAGAAAAAUUUGCUCAAAAGUUAGGAAUUGACCGAUGCAUGAUUGUGAGUACGCGAUGCGGAAAAUUGGAUGGACCAAUUAAUGCAAAUCAAGCGAUAGCGACAGGUCAGGAUUUAAAAGAAAUCCUUAAUAGAUCAAAACCGUUACAACACGAUCAGAUUAUAGAUUUUGAAAAUCUUAAGGACGCGGUAUAUCGUGAGAUUUCUAACCCUAAUCAAGCUCGUGGUAUAGAAUCAAAGGAUCUUCCAGGAUUAAAUAAAAUUCUUAAAGGACAUCGACCUGGUGAAAUUACUAUAUUUACCGGACCAACAGGUACGGGUAAGACGACUAUUUUGAGCCAAUUAUCGCUCGAUUAUUGUAAACAAGGAGUUAGUACAUUAUGGGGUAGCUUUGAAAUACCGAAUGUACGUUUGGCAAAAAAAAUGUUGCAGCAAUUCGCUGGAAAAGAUUUAUCAAAAGAUACUACAGAAUUUAAUAAUCUGGCAGAAAGAUUUCAACAACUUCCAAUGUAUUUCCUUAAAUUUUAUGGAAGUACUGACAUGUCCACAGUAACUGAUGCCAUGGAUCAUGCAAUUCAUGCUUUUGAUGUUCAACAUGUUGUAAUUGAUAAUUUACAAUUCAUGACAGCAGAUCAAGGCAGGUAUAUAGAUCGUUGGGAAUUACAUGACCGGAUCUUAUCAUCCUUACGAAGGGUUGCUACUGAAAGAAACGUGCAUAUUACUCUUGUCGUUCAUCCAAGAAAAGAUGAUAAAAAUAUGUUAGAUGUUAACUCUAUAUUUGGAACAGCUAAAGUGACACAAGAAGCGGAUAAUGUUAUAAUCCUUCAAAAAGUGGAAACAGAUACUGGUGAAAUAAGAUUAUUAGACAUUAAGAAAAACAGAUUCGAUGGAACGCUCGCUGCUAUCCAAAUAGAAUUCGAUUCCGAAUCCUUAAAAGUUAAUAUUCAUUAA